AUGAAUCCUCUAACCAAUAUUAAGAAUCAGAAUCUUAUGAAUGAAUAUGAACUCUCUCUAGGAUAUACCAACAAAACUGGGAGCUGGCAUAAUCGAUACAGAGACUCGGCUUGGAUAUAUAUUGGAGGCCUAAACUAUGAACUUACAGAAGGCGACAUUAUCUGUGUUUUUUCACAAUAUGGCGAAAUCGCAAAUAUAAACCUGGUUCGGGAUGCUAAAACUGGAAAAUCUAAAGGCUUCGCGUUCAUUUGCUAUGAAGACCAGAGAAGCACAGUUCUUUCUGUAGACAACUUCAAUGGAAUCAUCAUUGCUGGCCGUACUAUUCGCGUUGACCACGUCGAACAGUAUAGGGUACCCAAAGACUUACAUAAAGUAUCAUUAGGUGCCGAUCCUGUAUCCAAUUUUGUCAAUGAAAAAGGUUGUGGCCCUGAAGUUAUGAGGGAUAUUGUAAAACUGCAAAAGACACGAGAUAAAGAGCUAAAAUCACCAAAAUCCCAUUCACGAUCUAAUCGGGAGCAUUAUAAUUCAGCUACUAAAGUCAAAAGAGAUUAUAAAUCGAGGUCCAGAAGUCCUGUUGCUCAGAACCCUUCAUAUCUCGGAAUGCGGAAUCCCUCUCCCAAGAGCCCGUCGCGCACUGAAAUCCAUGUUAAGACUGAACCAUUUGAAAACGAUUUUGUUUCAGAAUCACAUAAAUUCGCACAUCGAAAAUAUGGGCGGUCUCCAGCAACGUGCCAUACAAAUAUUCGCCAAAAACACGAACAUUCUCCAAAUCAGUAUUCCUACAAAGGCUACCGUCACUGA